AUGUCUACUACCAGCUUGAAAGCUCUCAGUUCUCGAGUGGAAGCUCUUUCUAAUUCUGUUACGUCAAGUUAUUAUUCAAUUAGUCACAUUUAUAAUCAAGGGUGUUCUCCAAGCUUCCAAGUGUCAAGAUCAUAUGCUCGCAAUAGGGAUAGGGAUUAUGAUCUUUUUGGCAGUCAAAAGCCAGGGGACGGGGAAUUCCGGGAAACAUGGAAAAAGGAGAUGGAUGAAGAUUCUUGUUUAUGGACAGGAAGUGAAGAUGAAAGUGAUGAUGAGAACAGUUCUGAUAAAGGUAAAAAUCGUCUUGAAAAAGAGAUUCAAAAGGUAAGGCAGCAGGCGAAGGAGCACUCAGACCUUAUUGAUGCUGAUGACAGUGAUGAGUUAAGAAGUGUAUGGUCUGGGAGUGAUGAGGAGAAGACUUUGUGGACUGGUGAUGAAUGUGAUGACGAGGAUGAUAUUCCUACAGAAGCACACCCAAACGAGGGCAGUGAUAGGUAUUUAGAUAAAUUGUUUGAGUUUGAGGAAAAACCGAAGUAUCGGACGAUCUCGGAACUAUUGAAAGCAGAAAAUGAACCAGAAGAGUUGUCCCCAGGGAAGCAAGCUAGGAAACUUGCAGUUGAGAAUGCCUUGAAGAAAUUAAAGAAAGGGCCAGAUGGGCGUUACACCAAUGUGUGGGAAGUCAUGAGUGAUAUAGACAUUCUAAUUGGUGCAUUUGAAAAUAUUGUUUCUGGACCAGAGUAUGAGGAGCUUCGACAGGGAGGUCCUAAGAAAUUGAAUAUGCAGUUUUUCAAGGAUAUACAAGCACGUAUGAGAGAUCCAAAUUUCAAGUUCUCACCUGAGUUGAAGUUGAAACCAAAGAGCAAACUUGUUCCUAGAAAGAAAUGGCAGAAGGCACAGUCAAGACGAAGAAAAGCACAGAGGCGUUAA